AUUCAUACAGGGGAAAAACCAUAUCGCUGUGAUGUCUGUGGAAAAUCAUUCGCUAGAAGUAGUGUAUUAAUUAGUCACAAACGUAUUCAUACAGGAGAAAAACCAUAUGAGUGUGAUAUCUGUGGUAAAUCAUUCUCUGUAGGAAGCACCUUAAUUAAACACAAACGCAUUCAUACAGGAGAGAAGCCAUAUCAAUGUAAUAUCUGUGGUAAAUCAUUCCUUGAAAAAUCUCAGGUAACUUCUCACAAACGUAUUCACACGGGAGAGAAGCCAUAUCACUGUGAAUUCUGCGGUAAAUCCUUCAAAGAAAAUUGUCACUUAACCAACCAUAAACGUGUCCACACUGGUGAGAGACCAUAUCGUUGUCGGGUCUGUGGGAAAUCAUUUUCUCAAACAAGUUACUUAAACGUACACAUCAAACGUAUUCAUUCAGGAGAGAAGCACAUUCGUACACAAGAGAAACCACAUCACU